AUGGAAACUUAUAAUCAAACAUCAACUGAUUUCAUCUUAUUGGGGUUGUUCCCCCCUUCAAGAUUUGGCAUGAUUCUUUUUAUUCUCAUUGUUCUCAUUUUCCUAAUAGCUCUGUUUGGCAACUUCUUUAUGAUCCUUCUCAUCUUUCUGGACACCCAUCUCCACACACCAAUGUAUUUCCUACUUAGUCAGCUCUCCUUCAUUGACCUAAAUUACAUCUCCACCAUUGUCCCUAAAAUGGCCUGCAAUUUUCUGCUUGGAAAUAAGUCUAUCUCCUUCAUUGGAUGUGGAAUGCAGAGCUUCUUCUUCAUGACUUUAGCAGGUACAGAAGCAUUGUUGCUGACAUCUAUGGCUUAUGAUCGUUAUGUAGCCAUUUGCUUUCCUCUUCACUAUUCCAUCAGAAUCAGCAGAAGAGUGUGUGUGUUGAUGAUAAUAGGAUCAUGGAUGACAGGCUCUAUCAACUCCUGCGCCCACACCAUAUAUGCAUUCCAGAUCCCUUAUUGCAAAUCUAGGGCCAUCAAUCAUUUCUUCUGUGAUGUCCCAGCCAUGUUGACUCUGGCCUGCAUUGACACCUGGGUCUAUGAGUACACAGUGUUUGUAAGUGCCAUCUUCUUCCUUCUAUUGCCUUUCAUUGGUAUUACCUGUUCCUAUGGUCGUGUUCUCUUUGCUGUUUAUCACAUGCAGUCAGCUGAAGGGAGGAAGAAAGCUUAUUCAACCUGUAGCACCCAUCUUACUGUGGUAACUUUUUACUAUAUGCCCUUUGCUUACACUUAUCUACGUCCAAGAUCCCUUCGAACUCCAACAGAGGACAAGAUUCUGGCAGUUUUCUACACCAUCCUCACCCCAGUGCUCAACCCUAUUAUCUAUAGCCUGAGAAACAAGGAGGUGAUGGGAGCCCUGAGAAGAUUAACUAAGAGAAUCUGUUCUGUGAAAAUGUAG